UUGCAAGUUAAGUACUUUUCUCAAUGUUCCAAAAUUGACCCCAAAACUAAGUUAUGUUCAUAGGCUAUGGAAGCCCUCCUCCUCCUCUCUCCUUCGCCGGAACCCCAAAAUCCCAUCACCGAUCCGGCGAAUUCAAAAUCCCAUCAUCAAUCGGACGAAGAAGUCAAUUAUGAGACGAUGAUUAAGAAGAAGACGAAGCCAUCGAAUUCGGAAAAGAGAAAGCUUAAGGGAAAGAAGAAAGAGAUUAAUAUGAACGACGACGAAGCUUCUUCCUCCUCUUGUUCCACCUCUAACUCCAAUUCUACUCGAAGGGUUUCGAGAGUGGCUCAUAGAUUACGAAACCCUACGGUGCGUUUAGGCAUGUCUCGACGAAGCGUUGGUGAACGACAAGCUGAAGCCUUGGCUCUUCCUCUCGGGAUGUCAUUUGCGGCUUUUGCUAUUCUGGUUCUCCAAAGAAAGAAUGCCGCGGGUCAGAAUGUUAAUAUUGAUGAUCUUGCUGGGAUCUCUGCUACAGCUGUCACAGAAUCAUUUGCCAAUGUUUUUGGUGAUAAGCUUGGUUCUUUUUCGACCAACUUUGAGAAAUCAUUUAACAGUACUCUAAAGAUUCUUAACUUGAUCAAUGAAUCUGCAAAUCCGCCUCAGUUAAAGAAUAACGAUGUUGGGAGUUGUAAUUUAGACCGUUCUACAAUAGACGGAUACUCGGACACCGAGCUAUAUGCAAAGGAAACUUCAUCUGCUAUGUCUGCAUAUGAAGAGAUACAAGGCAGUGCAACAGCAACCUCUUUGAUGAAUGAGCUUGUCCUGCACGAAGAGACUCGACAACUCUCCUGUGCCCCUCGUAGAAGUUCAGCAAUGUCUUUGACUACAGCCGAAAGGUUUUUCGGAGAGCAAGUACAAGAAGCAAACGACCUAAAGAAGGUGGAGCUUGGUCUUAAAAAGAUAGAACUAAGUUUGAAAGAGUCGGAGCUAGGAUUAAGAUACGAUUCAAACAAUCUGGGGAAAAGGAAGCUAGAGAUAGGUGUUGAACAAGCUGCAUUCCAAGCGGAUAAAUUCAAAACCAAAUUAGAAGAUACAAGAAAAGCCGAGAUGGUGACAAAAAUCAUGGAUUGUCUAGUCGUAAGUGUCUUCAGCAUGUUGGCUUCUAUGUUAAUUGGCGCUUACAAUUUUUCACAAAAGAGAAUUGCAGAUGCUACAUCAAUAUGCGAGAAACCCGAGGAGAAAAGUUCGUCGUGGUGGGUUCCUAAACAAGUUUCAAAUUUAAACUCAGAUUUCAGCGCCAUGAUAUGCCGGAUUCGAGUUUGGGUCCAGAUGUGUUUUGGAUUCGUAAUGAUUUGCGUCUUCAUUUACUUCAUGAUGCAACGCUCAUCAGGUAGAACGCAGACAAUGCCGAUUUCGUUCCUCCUGAUUUUCCUCGGUAUUGUCUGCGGUCUGCCAGUUAAGGUUUGUGUGGACACACUGGGUGGUAAUGGCAAACUGUGGCUAAUUCUUUGGCAAGUGUUCUGCGUCUUCCAGUUUGUUGCAAAUGUCUGCACAUUGGCUCUGUAUCGUCUAAUGUACGGACCUAUAAGCGUGACUGAAGGGACCAAACGGAGCCGUUGGAGCACUAUAUUUCCGUAUUGGGCAAGGCGCACUGUCUUAUAUGUGGUGUUUAUGCUUGCUCUUCCAGCCAUCACCGGUCUUUUGCCAUUUGCGACGGUUGGUGAAUGGAGAGACCUGGCUAUGUAUAAUUUUCUUGGUGAGUCGGCCUCUAUUCCUGAGGUUUGAGACAGAGUCACUCUCUUUGUAUUGUAGUUUAUAUCUUUUCUUUUUGGGUAUUUCAUCUUAAUUUUAUUUUAUGGGUACUGUUGUAUCAAUUGUAUGGCUUGGCUAUUACAAAAAAAAGUUAUAUGUAUUUGAGCUAUUUGAAUGUCACUGUUGUCAAAAGAAAUAAAAUUUGUGUUUUUUGUUUAUGUUAA